AUGGUCGUCGCGUUAGGACUACUGGUCAAUGCGGUCCUGGUGGGCAUCCCAGUUGGGGGAUGCGUUGGAGCUCUAAUGGGUAUUGAUGCCCACCGAGCAGCGAAUGGUCAGAAACCUCUAUUCACCGGGGGGGACACUGACGAUGGCAUCAGCACUGGCGGCGGCAGCUCUGGCGGCAACUCUGGCAGCGACAGUACUGGCGGCGGCGGUGGUGGCCAUCACACUGUCACGAACAAUGGCGUGUCGAGCACCCAGUACUGCAAUCGUUCAAUCGGAAUCAGUCCACCGUCGAAAUCCGAACAAUACACGCUGAACCCAAAUCAAUGGGGUGUGACAUCAACAUCAACAGGAAACGGGCUCUGCAUGAAUGUCACGACAUUCGUCAACGAGACUUAUCCAACCCAGACCGCUCCCGAGUUCUCCAUCACCUGGCAAUUCGACCCUGGCCCAGAGACUGCGCCUGUCCACGGAUACCCCAAUAUUCGCGUCGAUGAUGUGUUGCCAAAAGCGAUGGACACGAUCUCCGAAUUAUAUCUUGACCUGCAUUGGACAUAUGGAGUGGGUGACGAGAUCGCCGAAUCAACAGAUGUAGAAGCGUUGGCAGCUGAAACCCUUGCCACUAACGUCGCCAUUGAUAUGUUCUUGGAUACCGAUGCCGACAAAGCCAAGAACGAAACUAAUGCGAAAUUCGAGGUCAUGGUUUGGUUCUGGAUGUCAAACGAGAUAGCUCAACCCCAUGGUUGGGGGAGCCCAGUGAUUAACAGAACCUUGGAAGGAACGAAAUUCACGCUUUACACCGGUCAAAAUGACAAUGGACAGCUAGUCUUGUCCUGGGUCGCGGACACGAUCCUUGAGAGGUUUACUGGAGACAUUUAUCCUCUCAUCACCGAUCUGUACAACUUGGAAGGAAGUACCUACCCGGCUAAAGACGACUACCUUGGCAGUCUCAGUUUCGGAACCGAAACCUACUCUGUGGACCACAAUGUCACAUUCUGGGCCGAGGAGUACAAGAUCGACAUUAGGAGUUGA